CUUAGCUUAGUCUAUGACUGGCUGCAUAUUGAUUGGUCGACGAGGAGAUGUAAAAAAUGGCUGCCUUGCCGUCUCCUACCCAGGUGGCAGGGACCCACAGCACGAUAUAUGAAGCCUACUAUCAUCAGGUGGACCCAAACGGCACUGGGGUCAUUCAAGCGCUAGACGCUGCUCGGUUCCUCAAGAAGUCUCGGCUUAGCGACGUUGUCCUCAGCAAGAUAUGGGACCUAUCAGAUCCAGCCGGCAAGGGUUGUCUUGAUAAGGCGGGGUUCUUCGUGGCGCUGAAGCUGGUGGCUCUGGCGCAGGUCGGCAAGGACAUCACCAUGAGCAAUAUACACGCAGAGACGCCUCCUCCGAAGCUCGGCGAGCUGCCCAAAAUAUCGGCGUCAGGAUCUGUGCCCCCCGCGCGUCCCCCGGCGCCCGCCUCGCCCGCCCCCGCCCCCGCCCCCGCCGCGUCUCCCGCACUCGGCGACUGGAGCAUGAAGCCACACGAGCGGGACAAGUACAGCCAGCUCUUCGAUUCUCUGCAACCCACCAACGGACUCAUUCCUGGCGCUAAGGUGAAAGGUGUAUUGAUGGAGUCCAAGCUCCCUCUCGAGACGCUCGGCAAGAUCUGGGACCUCGCCGACCAGGACCGGGACGGCAUGCUCGACAGGCACGAGUUCAUGGUGGCGAUGCAUUUGGUAUACAAGGCGCUCGAGAAACACGCGGUGCCCACGAGCCUGCCCCCCGAGCUGCGGACUCGGCCCCCCCCUCGCCCUCCCUCGCGGCCCCCGUCGCGCCCCCCCUCAGUAAUGGAUGCCGCACAAGUCCCGGCGGGCGGCGCGGCGGGCGGCGCGGGGGGCGGCGCGGCGGACGAGCGCUGGGAGCCCGUGAGCGAGGCGGAGCUGGCGGCGCUGGAGCCGCAGUUCGCCGCCGCAGACCGCGACCGGGACGGGUUCGUGUCCGGGGACGAGAUCAAGCACGUGUUCCUCACCUCGGGCCUGCCGCAGCACACUCUCGCGCGCAUAUGGGCGCUGUGCGACGCGGACGGCGCCGGCAAGCUGUCCCGCGUGCAGUUCGCCGCCAGCGUGCGCCUCCUGCAGCGCGCCCAGCGCGGACUCUCCCCGCCCCGCGCCCUCCCGCCGCGCGCCCUGCAGCCCCCCGCGCCCGCCCCCGCCGCGCAGCCCACGCCAGAGCUCGAGGCACUGGCGCGCGAGGUGGAGGCGCUGGGACGCGAGCGGCGCGCGCUGGAGCAGGACCUGGGCGACAAGCAGCGCGCGCUGUCCGCCGCGCACGCCGAGACGCAGGCGCUGCAGAGCGAGCUGGAGACGCUGACGGCGACGCUAAAGCAACUAGAGAACCAGAAGGGCGAGGCGCAGAAGCGGCUGCAGGACCUGAAGGCGCAGGUGGAGCGGCUCCGCGGGCAGGCCGCCGCGCAGGAGGCCGCGGCCGCCGAGACGGAGGCGGAGGUGGGCGCGCGCAGGGCCGCCGCGCUCUCGCUGGCCGCGCGCCACCGCGCCCUCACCGAUGACCUCGCCCUCAUGCAGGAGCGCGCCACCCUCGCGCUCGCCGCGCUGCCGCAAGCCGUGCUGGCGCUCAGCCAGGCCAAGAUCAAGAUCUCUCACCUGGAGGAACACUACCGCGCGCUGGAGGAAGCCUGCGACGCGCUGGAGCGGGGCGCGGCGUCGCACGUGCAGUUAGCGCUGCAGCCGCUGCACGCGCCCGCGCACCUGGAGCGCCUCGUGCGCGGAGCCACGCCCAACGACGCGCUGGAGGAGAAGGAAGAUAAAUUGUGCGCGAGUAAUGGCUUCGAGAGUAUGAACGGUCCGGCGUCGGAGCCCGACCCCUUCAGCGACUCGUCCGGCGCCGCGCACCCCCGCGACCCCUUCGCGCCCGCCGCCUCGCCCCAGGUCGGGUUCGGCGCGGACCCGUUCGCGGCGAGCGGCGACCCCUUCGCGAACGACGACUUCGCGCCCGCCGACCGACAGCACGACAACGGUGGCGACGGCGCCGCAUGGGACGCGGACCCCUUCGCCGUGCUGCACGCCCCCGCGCUGCCCCCCAAGCACGCCCCCGCGCCGCGCCCCGCCCCGCCGCGCCCCGCCCCGCCCCGCCCCGCGCCGCCCGCCAAGAACGACCGCGCGCCCAUGGACUUCACCGACGAUCCCUUCAAGGACUACAGGUACGAAGACCCUUUCAAUAUAGAGGAUCCCUUCUCGGACGCCAAGCGGCCCGUCUCCGUGGCGGGCUUCGAGACCGACGAGCCCUUCGCGCGCGUCCCCUCCCCCCGCCCCUCCCCCGCGCCGCCCCGCCUCCCCUCCGGCAGGGUGUCGGCGCCUCCCGUCGUCCGCAACCACAACAACAACAACAACGACGCCUGGCCAGCCUGGCCCGACGAGGGCGGCACGCGCAGCGCCUGGCCCGCCGACGCAGACUGGAAGACGGACAACUGGGCCAGCAAGACCGACGGCUGGACGACCGGAACCGACGGCUGGCCGGACAAGACCGACAACCGGACCGGCAAGCCGGCGGCCGACGGCUGGGCGCCGAACUGGCCGGACGCGGACGACAACCUCAACGAGACGUGGCCCGGCGGCACGCUGCCCGCCAAGAAGGACAAACCCCCCCGCCCCGUCAUGUACGCCAAGUCCCUCGUGCACACCAUCGGGGGCAUCGGGCGCAGCCGCCACAAGGACAAGAAGAAGGCGUCGGGCGGCGACGCGCUGCCCUCCGAGGAGCAGCAGUGGGCCUGGGCCGCGGCCGAGUCGCGCCGCCUCCACGCCGCCGCGCAGCAGCAGCGCCAGCGGGAGGACGACGACCUGCGCCUCGCGCUGCGCCUGUCGCGCGACCACCGCUGACGUCACCGCUGACGUCACCGCCACACCAUCAAACUAAUGUCGCGGCCCUACGCCCGGGCUUAACAAAAUUGAUUCAUAUUGUUUACCACUUAUUUGUGUUAUUUUAUUCCUCGUGACAUGUGCGGUCACCUGGGGCCUACAGUAGUUACAUUACAAAUGUAAAUAACAAUAGUGUCAGCAGCCGGGCCGGCGGCUCGCAGGCGGUCGGCUCGCGGUCGGUCGGCUGGCGGUCAGUCGGCUCGCGGACGGUCGGC